AUGGCGGUCUGUCGUCACCGACAACAGUCUGUUCUUAUCACUGGAGCAAAUCAGGGAAUAGGUUAUCAUACCGCAUUACAAUUAUGUGCCAAAGGGUAUCGCGUUACCAUUGCAUGUCGUAGCAUUGAUAAGGCAAAAAAUGCCUGUGCAUCCAUUAUUAAACGAUUGAGUAAUAGAGCGUCCAUUGAUUUUAUUAUCAUUGAUCUGUGUGAAUUAUCAUCAGUUUCAAAAAGUGUUAGUGUGAUUGUUGCUCAAAAAAGAUAUUAUGAUAUCAUUAUUUUAAAUGCUGGUGUAUUACUGCCAAAAAUAUGCAAAACAAAUGAUGGAUUUGAUACCACAUUCCAGGUGAAUUAUUUGUCACAGUUCUACCUGUUGAAUGAACUGAUAGGUGUUGCAACGCCAAAAGAAGGAAUCAAAAUUGUUGUACUUACGUCUAUUUUGCAUAAAUAUCUUCAAGGUGUGAUCGCUUGCGAAAAAUGUUUUCGCCGUCGAAUAAUACUUCUGGAUGGCUCAGCUAUGCCAGGUCGUACGAAUUUCAUAUUUUCACUGUCGUCAAAAUUAGCAACAGCAAUGUUGGCUUGUUACCUUGAUCGUAUCGAAGGAAUUCAAGCAAUUGCUGUCCAUCCUGGUGCUGUAAGUACAUCGCUUAGUAGCAAUAUCUCACCGCGUAUGCGAAAAAUUUUAAAGGCUAUGCAUGUAUCCCGAUUUCUUACUCCAAUCGAAGAUGGAGCUCAAAAUGUUGUUGAAUGUGUUGAAAAAAGUCACUUACCAAAUACUUUUCGGAAUAGUACUAAAUACAACACUGUUUCUAAAAAAAUUUCAAGUGAACGAAAUGAAAUUAAUUUGAUGAUUGUCAGUGAGGAAAUGAUUACAAGUGCUAUUCCAGAUUUCUGUCCCAAUCGCAUUCUCUUCAACAUAGAAGGAAAGGAUCAUGUUUCACCGAUCUGUGAUCAUUUAUAUGAAUUUCGUUAA